AUGACAGAAUACAGGAAAGAGAUUGAGAGCUUCAUGGCAUGGUGUAAGGACAACGAUCUUUGCAAUUAUGUCUGCAAAACAGAGGAACUGAUCGCUGACAUCCGGAAGCAGAGUGGACAGCACGUCCCUUGUUGCACCAAUGGUGCUGAUAUGGAGAUGGUUGACAGUGUCAAUCUCCUCGAAGUGAUGAUUAUUAACAAUCUACAUCAAUGCAACGGUCAAGAAAAUUUGAAGACGGUGUGUUGCCUUCCUGGUGCCAGGAUCCAGGACAUCACUGAUAGGGUGCAGAGAAUCCUCAAGGGUGAAGGUGAAGACCCAGAGGUGGUGGUGCAUGUCGGCACUAAUGACGUCGGGAAGAAAAGGAGGAGCAUUCUACAGCGGGACUUCAGAGAACUCAGAAGAAAGCUGAAAAGCAGGACUUCCAGGGUGGUUAUCUCUGGUUUGCUUCCAGUUCCUCAGGCUGGAAAGGGCAGGAACAGAGAGAUAAUGGAUCUGAACGUGUGGCUGAGGGACUGGUGUCAGAAGCAAGGAUUUAAAUUCUUGGAUCACUGGGAAUCAUAUCAAAGUUCUCUGGAGGUGGCUUGGGAGUUGGGAGACCUUGAAAUAAGGCUUUGAAAAGGAAGCUGAUGUCUUCUGCCACCAAGGGAUAUUCGCAAUCGUGAGAAUGGCAGUGACAAGACCCACCAUCAACUGAAGAUGAACGGCCAACUCAACUUGUUGCUAAUUAAUGACCACGCCACACCCGUUAAGCUAUUUUAGCAGUCUUGGUACAGAUUCUUGCCAGGUAAACUGACUAUCUCCCAGAGGGCUCCUGACAGAGAAAGAGAAGCCUUCCUUAAGGGUCACUCCAAGGCCCAUGAAGGGAUAUUACAGUAAUGGCAUCCCCUUUAGCUGCAGUGUUUCCAGUUGAGAAUUUACCCUUAGAUUUGUGUGCUCUGCCCUCUAAUAAGGCUAACAGUCCUGAGAGAUGACCACUAUCCAUAAUUGGGCAGUAUCAGCCUCUUAAUUGACUAGAGCUGUCAUUGUCCUGCCCACAGUCUCACCAUUCAACCAUGCGGGCUCAGCAGAUAAUAUUGGUGCCAGCAGUACACAGGAGUUAGGAAAAUUCAACCCAGCAUCAUGGAAGUGAACAAAAACAGGAGUUUCUGAAAAUGGUUUGGC